AUGCCGAAAGAACGCCAAACAUGCACCGAGUGCUCUAUGCGACGACAAAAAUGUGACCGCAACAGUCCCUGUGGUCGCUGCGUCAAGCGAGGAGAUGCGCACAAAUGUACCCGCGAAUGGCCUGAAGGGGGCUACGAUCCCAAGAUCCAUCGUAUCUACCCUCGAACAUCAACAGGUCAGGCAGAGUCUAGUCCGGCCACCACAGAAAACACGAGCCCUGCGACCACCACCCAGAAUGUGCCAGAGACUUCAGUCCACCCUUCCAUGAGAAAUCCAGCCUCGGUCAACUCACCCUCCAGUCCUGACAUCCGACGGCCACCCAAUCCCAGCAACUUGGGCGCCCCUCCUUCGAACGGUCCCAUCUCAGAUCCCGACAAUGCAGCCACAGUGCUAGAAUUCCUCACCUGGGGUCGAUCCAAAUUCUCUGAUUAUGAUCUCAAAGCUCUCGAACUCCUCAAAGAGCCUCAUAAUGCUGGACCCGCUGCUUUACCCAAGGACACUGGCCCCGACUGGGAUGUCUCCAACGGCUUGGGGGGCACAGGGGCCGCUCAGGUCUCGUUCCUGCAACUAUUACUUCCAAGUCGUCGGCAAGUUUUUCAACUGGUCGAGUACCACAUAAACUCGAUUCUGUGGUAUCAUGCUUGCUUGCAUGGACCAACCCUUUACAACGAGCUGAACGAGGUUUAUCAGGGUCCCAGUGGAUUACAAGUCAGGAACAUGGACCUCAGGUGGACUGCGCUGCUCUUUUCGGUCAUGGCCGCUAGCAUGACCUGUGCCAGUGACCAACUGGCCUCAUCCUGGGGGUUCAAGAAGACUGAACGAGCAAAAUUAACUAGACAGUGGUACAAGGCUACAGUGACAUGCCUCAAUCUUGCAGAUUAUAUGUGGCGACAUCACGUUUACUCAGUCCAAGCCAUCGCAGUACUGACCAUGUCAGCACACGUUCUUGGCUUCAGCAACACUCAAAGCACGCUGUUAGGCGCUGCCCUCAAAAUCGCCCAGGGCUUAGGUUUGCAGAGACUUGGCCCUGAGGAUGAGAGCAACCAUCCUACUGGGGCCUCCAUUGUGACGACGCCCAUGCAAAAAGACAAAGCCAUCAAACGCGAGACGGGCAGAAGAGUGUGGGCACAGCUCUGCAUGCAAGACUGGUUCUCCAUUCCGUUCUCCGAGAUGUAUUCAAUCCAGAAACUUCAUUUUACCUCACUUAGACCUCAGCAUCUCGAUGAGAACACAAUGCAACCCCUGCCAGAGGAUGUCCCUAGUAUCACAAGCUUUCAGAAUAGCCUUGUCGAUAUGGCAUCUCUGAUGCCUCAAAUUCACGACGCUAUCAUCUCAUCGAACACACUAUACACCAAAUAUGAGCAAGUGAUCGAGUACGAUACAAAAAUGAGGGCGCUGGCUACUGAUGGUCUUCCUCGAUAUUUCUCGGUGAGAGAAGCAAUAUCACCAGAGUGGCCCGCAUUCAUUCCGUGGGCACGGCGAGGCCUAACCAUUUGCUUUGCUCACAAGAUCAUCAUGAUCCAUCGAGCUUUUCUGGGUCGCAGUUUCACCGAACAAGCGUUCGAUUUCACCCGCCGUACAUGCAUGGCAGCAGCAAAGACUAUUCUGAAAGAGGCAAGGCAGGCAUACGACGAAGAAGGGCCGAUGCUAUGGAUUGAUCAAGCCUUCAUGGUUGCUGCUGGAAUUACGCUGGCUUUGGAUAUAUUCCAUCGCAAAGCCGAUGAACCCGAAUACGAAGAACAUCGAAAACUCGUUGACAACACCAUCAGCAUGCUGGGAAAGUUUGAAAACAGCAUGAUCGCAUUGAGAGGAAUCCGACUCCUGUCGUCCCUACUGGCAGAACAGGCGCGGCUUACGGCAGACCAGACAUUGGAGAACUAUCGAAAACGUUCGAGUGAUUCUGUGGGUGAUCGGCUACAACCGAAGAAGCAGAAAUUCAAUGUCCCCAAGUUCGUCGAGUCAUUCGUCGGCAACGACUCGUUUACGCACUCAUUGCGUACAGCCAACCGAGGUCUGGAACCGUCAAUGGAUCUGUUCGAACCUGAAUCGCGUACGCAGUCACGUACUCCAGCACCAGUGGAUCCUGUAUUCACAUCUGAUCUCGGGUACGAAACGUUCGAACAGCUCUUCCCGCCUCAUACUGGCAUCAGCAACAACUUCCUGUUUGAGGACCUUCUGAACUUUGACAUAUGA